UCAGAGGGAGGGAGUGCUCGGCCAGGCAGCACCAGGUCUGCUAUCACCAUGACAACCAGUCACCAGCCUCAGGACAGGUACAAAGCUGUCUGGCUUAUCUUCUUCAUGCUGGGUCUAGGGACACUGCUCCCCUGGAACUUUUUCAUAACGGCCACAAUGUAUUUCACAAACCGCUUGGACAACUCCCAGAAUAUGUCCUUGGUCACUGCUAAACUGAACAAGGACAUCCAGGCCACAGCCACCCCCGCAGCAUCCUCUCCCGAGCGAAGUUCCCUCAGUGCCAUUUUCAACAACGUCAUGACCCUGUGUGCCAUGCUGCCACUGCUGUUCUUCACCUGCCUCAACUCCUUCCUGCAUCAGAGGAUCCCCCAGUCUGUACGGAUCCUGGGCAACCUGGUGGCCAUCCUGUUGGUGUUCUUGAUCACUGCCAUCCUGGUGAAGGUACAAAUGGAUGCUCUGCCCUUCUUCAUCAUCACCAUGAUCAAGAUCAUGCUUAUUAAUUCGUUUGGUGCCAUCCUCCAGGGCAGCUUGUUUGGUCUGGUUGGCCUAUUGCCCAUCAGCUACACAGCCCCCAUCAUGAGCGGCCAGGGUCUGGCAGGCUUCUUCACCUCAGUGGCCAUGAUCUGCACCAUUGCCAGUGGCUCAGAGCUGUCAGAAAGUGCCUUUGGUUACUUUAUCACAGCCUGUGUGGUCAUCGUUGUGACCAUCAUCUGCUACCUGAGCCUGCCUCGGCUGGAAUUCUACCGCUACUACCAGCAGCUCAAGCUUGAAGGGUCUAGGGAGCAGGAGACCAAGUUGGACCUCAUUAGUAAAGGAGAGGUGCCAAAAGCAGGCAAAGAGGAGCCCGGGAUCUCAACACCCAACUGUCAGCCCACCUCCACUAGCCCCUCUAUCAAAGCCAUCCUCAAAAAUAUCUCAGUCCUGGCUUUCUCCGUCUGUUUUGUCUUCACUAUCACCAUUGGGUUAUUUCCUGCUGUGGCUGCUGAGGUCAAGCCUAGCAUCGCGGGCACCAAUGCCUGGGUAAACUACUUCAUUCCUGUGUCCUGUUUCUUGACUUUCAAUAUCUUUGACUGGCUGGGCCGGAGUCUCACAGCCAUAUUCAUGUGGCCUGGGAAGGACAGCCGCUGGCUGCCAAGCUUGGUGGUGGCCCGGCUGGUGUUCGUGCCCUUGCUGCUACUGUGCAACGUGCAGCCCCGCAAAUACCUGCCGGUGGUCUUUGAGCACGAUGCCUGGUUCAUCUUCUUCAUGGCUGCCUUCGCCUUCUCCAAUGGCUACCUUGCCAGCCUCUGUAUGUCCUUCGGGCCCAGGAAAGUGAAGCCAGCUGAGGCAGAGACUGCGGGAGCCAUCAUGGCCUUCUUUCUGUGUCUGGGACUGGCCCUAGGAGCUGUCUUCUCCUUCCUGUUCCGAGCAAUUGUGUGA